AUGGUGUCCUUUCAAUGCGAGGGAUGUGGUGAUGUCCUCACCAAAAAGAAACUCGACCCCCACCGCGGCCAGUGCCGUGGCGCAACCUUUACGUGCAUUGAUUGCAUGGUUCACUUCUACGGUACCGAGUACAGAGCUCACACGUCGUGCAUGACCGAAGACCAGAAGUACCAAGGCGCAUUGUACAAAGAGAAACCAGCCAAAAACAAGAAGGGCCAGAACAACCCCAACAACAAGAACGCGAACCAAAACCAGCGCAAUCAGCAGCCCCGCGUGGAGGAUGAAUACGCGCCUCCUCCCCGGGCGCCUACUCCCCCUCCCGCCGCUGAGGCUAAGCCCACCGCCGACGCCAUGGCCGACGGCGGCAAGUCUGUCAAUGUGUUUGAUUAUUUGGUUACCGAUGAAACACCUAAUGCGUCCAAAACUUCGCUCGCGCCUCCCAAGGAGCAGAUGACCAUGGUCAAGGAGGCCCCCUCUUUGUUUGAACCUAGCACCGCUCUGGCCAACCUGGAAGCCAAGACCGACGAUGAAGGUAAUUACGAUAUUGCCUACGAGGAGAAUGGCUUUUCAUAUGGCGCCGAUCCUAUUUCCCCAUCCGUUUAUCCCAACAAUGGUCCUAAUUUUUCGACAGAGUUUGUGACUCCAGCCCCUAAGAAGAAGAAGGACCGCCGCAAGGAGGAGAAGCGCGCAUCUGGCUCCGUUAGCGAGAAGAAGCGCAAGCGCGGCAGGGAGAACUCUCUCAGCCCUCAGCAAGAAAUCGACACCCCUAUGAUGGAUGCCCCUUCAAGUGUGAUCAACAACGCCGGCACUCCCAUCCUCGCGCACUCCGGCCUCACCGGCGGUUUGAACCGCAUGAUGCGCUCGCCCUCGCACGAAAUGGAUGAUACUCCCGCUGGCUCCCGAGCUUACAAGGACGUCUCAUCACCGAUCAAGCGUACCCGACGUAGCACCAAGGAGGUGAACGGAAACGGCGACGCCGGCCUAGGCAUCUCCAUCAAGAACCGCGCUGGACGCCUCGUGUCUUCCAUGUUCAGUGGCACCGGCUCCGUCAUCUCCGCCAGCAGCGGCGGCCACGAGGGCUCCCGUGAUGUUGCCCGCCGCGGCAGUAACUCUAGCGGCGAGAUGCAACUGGAAGUCCGCAAGAAGAAGUCGCACCGCUCCGAGCACGACGAGAGCCGCAAGUCCAAGCGCAAGAGCUCAAACCCCACCGAUGGCGACCGACCUCCCCGCCGCCUCAAGCAGGCCGACGAAUCUCCCCGCCGCGAAAGCCGUCAGGUCACCGUUUACCAGCACUCCAAACCCCCAGCUCGCACAGAUGACGUCGUGCCGCGCGAAAUGGCAUCUCAUUUCCUUGCACUCGUCUCCCGUGACAGUGAGCGUGGCUGCUCUAUCAACAAGGCUUUGAAACGUUUCCACCGCGACUUCAACGCUGAGUAUGAUGACGACCAGGGCCGGGAUAAUGGACGUAGCGGUGCUGACCGUGAGCGUCGUAGCGAGGAUGAGAAGGAUCUCUGGCGUGCUCUGCGUUUGAGACGCAAUGACCGUGGUGAGAUUGUUGUAUUUGUCUAA